AUUAAUGUCGUUAAAUUUCCCUGGUCCCGGGCCCGAGUAUUUAGUCUCUAAAUAUAAGGGCCAAAAACCGAACCUCGGGCAAUUAGGUAUAAAGAGUAUCAAACAUUACACAUUUUCCUCCUCCUUAUCAUCAUCCAUCAUCAGCAUCCAUACUAAUCAAAAAUCUCAAACCCUAACCACUCACGGCGAUGUCUCACUUCGGUAGAUCUGGUCCACCCGACAUCAAAGACACUUACUCUCUCCUUGUUCUCAAUGUCACUUUCCGUACCACUGCUGAUGACUUGUUUCCUCUGUUCGACAAGUAUGGAAAAGUUGUUGAUGUUUUUAUACCUAGAGACCGAAGGACGGGAGAUUCUAGGGGUUUUGCAUUUGUGCGCUACAAGUAUCAGGAUGAGGCUCAAAAGGCUGUGGAAAAGCUCGAUGGAAGAGUAGUUGAUGGUCGGGAAAUAAUGGUUCGAUUUGCAAAGUACGGCCCAAAUGCUGAGAGAAUUGAAAAAGGUAGAAUUUUGGAGCCUGUAAAUAGGACAAGAGGAAGGUCACGAAGCCGCAGCCCUAGACCAAGGUAUCGAGAUCAUCAUAGGGACAGGGAUUCGAGGAGGAGGAGCCGAAGUAGAAGUAGGGGGAGGUAUGACCGUGAUCAGUACCGUGGAAAAGAGAAAGAUUACCGUCAUCGGAGCAGAAGUCGCAGCCCUGAUUACCACAAAGGUCGUGGGAGAGGUAAAUAUGAUGAGGAAAGGCGCAGCCGUAGUCGGUCUCAUGGAAGUGCCUCCCCUGCUCGCCGUAGCCCCAGUCCUCGAAGGAGCCCUUCUCCGCGUAGAACAACCCCUUCUAGAGAUGCUAGUCCAGAUGGACGUAAUCACAAGGACCGUUCUCCAACUCCAAAGAGUAUCUCACCACGGGGUAGACGUGCUGGUUCUCGCAGCCCAUUGCCGCGUUCUGAUGCUGAUGAUUAAGAGCAAGGGAGGAGGCCGUGGUUGUAAUCUGACUUUGGUCAAUGCUGCGUAUCGGGGCAUUCCCAGUGAAUGAUCCUUUCAUGUGUAUUCUGCUUGCUAGAACUGAUUGGCGAGACUUAUUUAUAAGGUUUAACUUCUUUUGUUGUACUUAAUCCACACCAGAACAUCUUUUGAUGUUACCUCUGCAUUCUGAUAUUAUGGAAUGAUGUUGUGAUAUUAAGAUUUCUACUGUUGGUUUA